GAUCUCAGUGCUGUGAACGUCAGGAAGAAGGAGGCCGUAUGUCCACAGUCAACAUGAACCAUAAAUAUGUGAUGGUCCUGGUGGUUCUUCUUUUCCUUGUCGUUGCACGUGAGCUGAAAGAAGCAGCAAUGUUUCCCUGGAGCUGCUCCAGCUACGGAGGGGUGUGCCGCUCAUCCUGCCUGCCCACAGAACUGCCAUUUAUCCCCUUCGGCUGUGCCAAGGAUUUUGUAUGCUGUGUCUCUUAUAUUUAAUGAAGACUGAAUGACCAACGCCCCCAAUAACUGUGUCAGCGUGAUCUCAUGAUGUGACUCCGGUUUGGUCCUCAUGACGACGACUGUUGUCUCCCAACACCGGCUCUUCUGCUGGUCCUCCAAUAAUUUUGGUGUUUCAUGUUUAUGUUCUGCUUUCGGCCAUUUUAAACUUUUAGCUAAGCAGUUAGGCAAUUUCAGUCUAUGCAGAGAAAACAGCUUUAUUGAACUGUUGUACAAUAAAAUGUGGGGAAAAUACAUACGCAUACAAAAAAUGUACGAAAAUCCAAAUACAUCACUGCGUGACUUUCAAAAAGUAACGAAGCUUCUAAAUCUGCCUUCAUACCGUGUCAAAAUAUUAUAUGGACUACAAUAAUAAACAUGCUUUGAACAC